GUCACAACUUUAGUAUUAUGACAACAAUCAACAAACUUAACCUCUAAAAAUUAAUGUUUUUAAUUUCAAAUUGAACAAUUUAAUAAUAUAAUUAAAAUGGAUUCAGUAAAUGCACGUUUAAUAUCAACUUUAGCUCAUAAACUGGGAUUAGAUGAACAAACAACAACAAAAGGCCAAGAAUAUUUACGAGUUUACCAAAAUAAAUCAUCAUCGCUGCGUUUGAAUAUUCCUGAUUCUACAAAAGCUGUAAUUUGUUUAGAUUUAGCUUCAAAAUUAUCCGGAGUUGCCUUCGAUCAACAAGUUGCUUUACAACUCUCUGGGUUAAAACAACGCGUUUAUUCGGCUCAUUUAAAUACAAUCGAGAAGUUUUUAGAUUUAGAUAAGCCGGUAACCAUCUCUGAAGUAUGCGUCCAACUUAGUUGUACAGAAUUAAAAGAUUUCUCUGAAAAUAUUUUAGAAAAAUAUAAAGAUAAUUUUCCUCAUGCUGAUAUUUCUCAUCCUCAAUAUGUAGCUAUUGCUAUUUGGAGUGCAUCUAAAACAAAAAAUGUAAAGAUCUCAAAACAAAGCGUAAUUGGUAUUAGUCGAUUAAAAAUGGGACAAUUUAAGGAAUUAGAGCAGAAGUUUAACACAUUUUUGGCACAAACUAAAAUUGCUGGGGGUGAGAGGGUGAAGAAACAAGCAGAGAAGGGUUUGGUGCAGAGCAUUGAGAAUUUUGCUAAAAAUAAAGAAAAUGAGUUAAAAUCGAAAGGAAGUGGGGAUAAAGAUGAAGAAAUUGAAGAAGAUUAUGAAGUUUGGAAGGAGAGAAUUUUAAAGGAAGCUUAUAAACAAUUAAAAAAUAAGAAUGAUUAAUUAAGUUAUCUUGGAGAGAGGAAGAGCAUUAUGCUAAUGAGUAUCCAAAGAUAUGAAGGAAACGUAUAUGUGGAUUUAUAUCAAUCAUUCUUCAAAUUAACCUGCUCAGAAACAACAAUCUCCAUCAGUGCAUAGGCUAAAUAGUUAUACUGAUAUCAUGAUGUUUUGCACUUGAACCUGUUGGCUACUGAUGGUGGUUAAACUAAGCAUCCUAAAAUAUAAUGUCAGGAGAGCAUUUAAUGAACCUUAAAAUACUGAUAAUAUAGGUUGAAUAUUUUAUUGAGGCAAUGUGCCUUAGAUAGCCACUUGACUUCAGGGUUUAAUAAUGGACACUCAUGUUCAUCAUACUUUCAUGGAAAAUUUCCGAAAAAUUCGUCAUUGUUAGAUGUGUUUAUAUCAGACGUGUCACAAGUCAUUUUUGAAAAGGCUUAAAUUAUAAGUCUUAAGUUUUUGCUAAACUAAAAUUGACUUAAAUCUUAAGUCUUUUUAACUGGAACCUAAAUGAUUUAAGUUUUAAGUCUUUAUCAAAAUAAUUUAAAUUAUUUUUAUUCACAUUGCUACACUUAAUUAUUGGCACAGCAACCGCGCUUGUAGAACUCGAUAUAAAAAAAUCAUCCUCGAAUUUAUUUUUCAAAUACAUAUUCUGCUUAUUUAAAUUUUUCGCAACAGGAUUAGGUGCCAGUUUCGAUAUUGCCUUCAUGACAAUUUGUUUUUGAAUCGUUCAUACUUACUGAGGUUAUAUUUCUGUGUCCUUAAAAUCAUAUAACCACCGAAAUUUAAAUUUUGGAUGGGUGGUGGAAGCAAUUAAAGCAAAUCGAGAUAGAUUUGAAAUUUUUAGAUAACGUGCAAUUUUAAUUUCUAACUUAUUGUUAGACAAGUUUCUAUUGCUGAACUUAGGUAUUUAAAUUGUUGAUAAAUAGAGAAUAUCGUCAUUAUUGUCAAUAUCUACAGUUAUGGGUAUUGUUGGUUCUAUUAAUUCAUCUUAAUCACCGUUCUCAUUCAAGACAUGUGACCAGAUAAUUUCCCGUUCCGAGUUUAUUCCAAAUUCUUUUACGGUUUUUAAGAAGCUAGAACCAUUAUCUGCAAUAGUUUCCACUAUUUUGCUUUCAGAUAUUCGAAUUGUUUAUAUCGUACACUAUCUCCGCAAUUUUAUCAAAUGAGUGAGUACUACUGAAACGUUUUCAUGCCACUGCAAGUGAUUUUCGGUGUAAAGUUUGUUCAUCUACCCAAUGAUAAAUAACACCAAGAAAACUCCUGUUUUAGACGACCAGAUGUCAACAGUUAUGCAGACAAAUGGCACAUUCUCUAGAGAAACUUUUAUGUCACGAAGAGUCUUACCAGUUAACACAGAUAUUUUCCUCAUCGCAAUAUUUGUGGACAUAACUUGUAGGUUAAGACCAUCAAAAAUUUGAAUAAAAUUUCGAUUACUAAUAACAAACUGUAGUCAUUGUAUUAACAAGAAAUUUUUGCCUGGGCUAUACUGAGCUGUUUUUAUAUUUACCAGCUUUGGCACAUUUUCAGGCAUAUUUCUAUUAGUGCCUGUGCCCAUGUUCUCUUUAGUUUUAUAUUAUAACUUAUUAAUAAAUACUUGAUUGCAUUUUUA